CAGAUGGUUCCUGUGCUGGACAAUAUGACCCCAACUCCUCUGACUCAGAACUGCUCCAACUACACUCAGGUGUUAGUGCCAGAGCUCAACGUGGUCAAAGCUGUGGUUUUGGGCUUGAUGCUAGGUGGCUUCAUCAUGUUUGGAGUUGUGGGAAACAUCCUGGUAAUCCUGUCAGUAGUUUGCCAUAGACACCUGCGGACAGUGACAAAUUAUCUCAUAGUUAAUCUGGCAGUGGCAGACCUGCUUCUGAGCUCCACUGUACUACCCUUCUCUGCCAUUUUAGAGAUCCUGGAUCGCUGGGUGUUUGGACGAGUCUUCUGUAAUGUUUGGGCAGCUGUGGAUGUGCUUUGCUGCACUGCCUCCAUCAUGAGCCUCUGUGUGAUCUCUGUGGACCGCUACAUUGGAGUGAGUUACCCUCUGCGUUACCCGGCAAUAAUGACAAAACGCAGGGCGCUGUUGGCAGUGAUGCUGCUGUGGGUGCUGUCUAUCAUUAUAUCCAUUGGACCGUUAUUUGGCUGGAAAGAGCCAGCACCAGAAGAUGAGUCCAUCUGCAAGAUCACAGAGGAGCCAGGUUAUGCUAUCUUCUCUGCUGUGGGUUCUUUCUACCUCCCUCUGGCCAUUAUACUGGUCAUGUACUGUAGGGUUUAUGUGGUAGCUCACAGAGAGAGUCAAGGUCUGAGAGAGGGCCAAAAGACAGAGAAGUCAGACUCAGAGUUUGUGACUCUCAGGAUACAUCGAGGCAACACAACUGCAUCAGAAGAUGAGGCCCUUCGCAACCGCACCCAUUUUGCCCUGCGACUGCUCAAGUUCUCACGUGAGAAGAAGGCUGCCAAGACCUUGGGCAUUGUUGUUGGCUGCUUUGUGCUGUGCUGGCUGCCGUUUUUCCUGGUGCUACCUAUUGGCUCCAUAUUCCCUGCAUACAGACCUUCAGACACUGUUUUCAAGAUCACCUUCUGGCUCGGUUACUUCAACAGCUGCAUAAACCCCAUCAUCUACCCCUGCUCCAACCAGGAGUUUAAGAAGGCUUUCCAGAGUUUACUAGGAGUUCAUUGUUUGCGAGUGAAUCCCAGACCACAUAAUCAUCACCAUCUGAGUGCAGUUCAGACUCAAACGCAAGGUCACAACCAGCCCAUGACUCUUGGCCUGGACAACAGGGGGACCUGUCGGCUCAGCCCCUCCUCUUCUAUGGCCCUAUCCAGAACGCCUUCCUCAAGGGACAGCAGGGAAUGGAGGGUCUUCUCUAGCGGUCCCACUGGUGGAUCUGGACCAGCAGAGACAAGCAGGGCUAAAGUGGCCAAAUUCUGCAGCAAAAGCUUCCAGCGGACCUGCUGCUGCAUCCUCAGUGGUGGGACUUCCCCGCAGGAGUCAAACUGUGCCCACCCCCCACAAGCCGGAAACCUUCCCACCAUUAAAAUCCACCAAUUGUCCCUGUCGGAAAAAGGAGAGCCUGUAUAA